AUGUCUUUCUCUGAUGUUGAAAACCCAUACCCUCUUAUCUCGCUUCCCACCGUUCCUUACCUCGCCCUCGUCAAUGAUGACCUAGCAGCGUACACGUCCUGCGAAAUGGCUCUCAUUCACAACGUGUUCAUCCGGGCCUUGAACUCAAUCUGGAGAAAUGCACCCCUUGUGAAGCCUGAGGACGAAGUUGCAUUUGCUGGAUACUCUCUCUGUUGCUUGACCCUCAUCCAUGAUCAUCACCAUGGCGAAGAAACGAUUCUUUUCCCGUUCUUCCAAACCAAGCUGGAUAUGAGUCACAACGUGGAGCAGCACGAGUCUUUCCAUGCUGGCAUGGAUGCUUUUGAGCAGUACAUAAACCAUGUCUUCAAUGGGAAGGACAAGUAUGACGGAGAAAAAACUCGAGUGUUGCUCAAAGCUUUUGCCGAUCCGCUUGUGCAACAUUUGCACGAAGAGAUUCCGAGCAUAUCUGAAGAGCGUUUGAAAUUACUGGAUAAGGACGGUCUGCAGAAGGUGAUGGAUCAAUUUGAAGAACACGUCAAAAAUCUCCCAGGGAAGUUGACGGUGUUUCCCUUCGUUAUGACACAUCACAACUUCGAGGAGGCACCAAAUUGGCCUGGUAUUCCCGCUCCCAUCAAAUGGUUUGCUCGUAACAUUGCUCCCUUCAGGCACUACAGUUAUUGGAGAUUUUCUCCCUAUACCCGCGCUGGCGUUCCUCAAAAGUACGGCGCUUAA